AUGGCACCUCCAUUGCAGAUCCUUUCAACGAACAGCAACAACAACGUGGUUCACCCAAUUUCAAUACCGGUUCAAAACCAACACUACAAUGGUGUUAGGGAAGUUAAGCAUUAUAAGAAAUGGUUUCCUUGGUUGAUACCGUUCUUUGUUGUUGCUAACGUCGUCGUUUUUGUUGUCACUAUGUAUGUUAAUGAUUGUCCUAAUAAUUCGGUUUCUUGUAUUGCUCGGUUCCUCCGUCGGUUCUCGUUUCAGCCUCUUAAAGAAAAUCCGCUACUUGGUCCUUCUUCGUUGACGCUACAGAAGAUGGGGGCUCUUGAUGUGAACAAAGUGGUUCGCGUGCACCAGGGUUGGCGUCUCAUCACUUGUAUGUGGCUACAUGGUGGAGUUUUCCAUCUAUUAGCAAAUAUGUUGGGUAUUCUAUUCAUUGGAAUUCGGCUUGAGCAAGAAUUCGGGUUUGUGCUUAUUGGACUGCUAUUUGUCAUAUCCGGAUUUGGAGGCAGUUUGCUUUCCGCUCUUUUCAUUCAGUCAAACAUUUCUGUCGGUGCUUCUGGUGCACUCUUCGGGUUGCUAGGAGGAAUGCUAUCAGAGCUCAUUACUAACUGGUCUAUGUAUGAUAAUAAGUUUGCAGCAUUUUUCACACUUGUGAUCAUCAUUGUUAUCAAUCUUGCAAUCGGGAUUCUCCCGCAUGUGGACAACUUUGCUCAUAUUGGAGGCUUUCUUACAGGGUUUCUUCUCGGAUUUGUGUUUCUGAUACGUCCUCAGUUUGGAUGGGUAAACCAACGAUAUGCUCGUGUAGACUAUUCUCCAACACGUGCUAAGCCUAAAUUCAAGAAAUAUCAGUGCAUAUUAUGGGUCCUCUCCUUGAUCAUUUUAAUUGUUGGGCUUUCUGUUGGACUGAUUGCACUGCUCCGCGGCGUUGAUGCAAAUGAUCACUGCUCCUGGUGCCAUUAUUUGUCCUGUGUUCCAACUUCAAAAUGGAGCUGUCAUACCGAAGCAGCAUAUUGUUUGUCAAACCAGCUUGGCAACCAGCUGAAUGUAACAUGCUCGAGCAAUGGUAAAUCCAGUACAUACCUCAUGCCAGAUCCAACUAGUUCGCAGAUUCAGCAAUUGUGUACUCAAAUUUGUAAUUGA